UGCAUGCAGCAUGCGGGCCUCAGGCGAGGGGAGUGAGCUGAGGGCCUUGCUGAGGGCAGGCCCCCAUGGCUUGGUUGUUUGGUUCUAAAAACCAAGUUCAACUGAAUAAAAGAGCUGGUCACUGCACUGUAUCAGUAGGUGAUUCACUGUAUAUGUGGGCUGGUGAUCAGUAUAGUUUACCUAAAGUACAUGAUAGUGAAGAGAAGAGAAAGGUCACUAGUAAUAUACAGCACUUUACUCCUUCAACUGGUCAAUGGAUCACUAGAGCUACUACUGGUACUCCUCCAUUAGGAGUGAGAACAUACUGCUGUACUGCAAUAAAUGAUCAAUUGUAUUAUUUCGGGGGCUAUUGUGGCCAUCGUGGCUGCUAUCACAACAGUAUUACACAACUGGAUACCUUUAGUCUUCAAUGGAGAGAAUUAGAACCAACUGAUGCAACUAGACCAGUUAUGAUGAGAGGUUAUGGUGGAAUGAUAUCAUUUGAACAUGAUGGA